AGAUCCUAAACAACCAAGAAAAGGAAAAAUGGACAACCGACGUCACCAAGUUUCAUUGGGAAAUUUUAGUUUAAUCGACUCACAACUAUCACGGAUGCGACAACGCUUCAGCGAUGAAAUGCUACGAAUGGACAACGAAAUGGACCGGCUAAUGUCAUCGGGAACGGAACGAUUCUUUAAUAAUGAUUCAGUAUUGAUAACCAACGAUGGCAAUCAGAAGGCAAUAAAAUUAACCUUUGAUGUCAGUCAAUACCGUCCCGAAGAAGUAUCGGUGGAAACAACCGAUGAAAAAAUAAUUGUUCGAGCCAAACACGAGGAAAGGUCUAAUAACAAGAACAUUUUCAUGGAAUAUCAUCGGGAGAUGUCGCUUCCAGCCGGUACCGAUCCGGCAUCCAUUAACAUUACAAUUAGUAAUGAUGGUGUAUUGGUCGCAACAGUACCAUGUACCGGUCAAUUAACCUCUGCGACGACAGCUGCUAUCGGUAAUUAGAUGGACUCAGUUAUUUUACAUUCGAAAUUUUACUGUCUUCUAUCGAAUUAAAAUGCAUUUUUGCAAUCAUUUAUCAAUGUGAUGCUUAAGUUUCAUAGACGAGCU